UUCGUCUUAGCCCGAAAGACUUUUGAAUGCGAGGAAGACGCAAAGUUCUUCCGAGACAAAAGAAAGCCAACAGGAUGCUUCCCAGUGGACGAUAAUGGCAACCACUGUUAAAUAGCUAGCUUCUUGAACGCCCAAACGUCUCUCUCUCUCUCUCUCACCAUUCGCCACCAUUUUCCUUAAUUUGAUCUAAUUGUGAACCAUUCCAACAAGCUCAUGGAAGAAGAAUAAGGCGGUGACAUGGCGCAAGUCGCAGCAGCAAUAGACUAUAUUCGUGAGAAUCGGGAUAAUUUUAUGCUCGAAUCAAAGCACACGAAAAUAUGUGAACCAAUAGUUAGAAAACUGGAUCAGGUGCUUGUUAUUCUGGAAAGACGAAUCGAACGGCGACGAGCAAAGACUUUUGCGAAUGAGGCGCUCCGACUCACCAAAAAUGCGGUUGAUCUCUGGCGUCCGUUUUAUUACAAAAAAAGGGGAGAUGAACUUGAGCCGUCUGAAAUAAGCGCAUUCAUCAAGGUUUUUGAGCUCAUUGAGAAACAGUUCGCAGAGCUCAUCAGAAGGGAAACUGGAAUUGGUCCACCUAUCGGAGAAGAUCAUGGACGAGUUGUCGCCUUAGAGGAAGAUGUGCAGCUAGUCACUUCACGCUUGAUCUCAAGGAAGAUGGUUCAUGAGAUGGUAGCAAUCGUUGGACGAGGAGGAAUCGGGAAAACAACUCUUGCCCGAAAGGUCUAUGACAGUGCGGUUGUCCGCAAGAGUUUUGAUUGCCACGCCUGGGUGACUUGUCCUGAGAAUUUACAUCGCACAAAUUUUCAGGUCAAUAUAGCGGUGCAAGUUAUGCCGUCGAAAAAAUUGAAAAAUGCAGAGUCCAUGAAGAAACUGUUAGCCAGAUUCUUGGAAAGUAGGAGGUAUCUCAUAGUUUUUGAUGGCAUACAGACACCUCAAGAUUGGAAUAUCGUUCAAGAACUACUGCUGGCAGGAUGCAAAGGUAGUAGAAUCAUUACCAUUACUAGCAGAAGGGACAUAGUACAUGAUGGUCCAGAUUGUUUUGUUCUUGAAAAGAGGCCAUUAAGUGAUGAAGAGGGUUGGGAGUUAUUAAAUGCACGGGUAGGUUUUAGUAUCCCAACGGAGUUGGAAGAAAUUGGGAGAGGAAUUGUGAUGAAGUGCACGGGCUUGCCUUUGGCAAUUUGUAAAGUGGGAGACGAAUUGUCAAAGAAAGAAGCCGCCCAGGAUCAGUGGUAUAUGGUACUACAACAGAUUAAUCAAGACCAAUUAUUGUUGUACGAUAGCUUAGACAUGGCUGCCGAUGCACUACCCUUCAAUUUUAAGCAAUGCCUUCUCUAUUUUGGACAUUUCCAUGAAGACUAUGAAGUUCCAGUAAGAAGACUGAUUGCAUGUUGGGUUGCCGAGGGAUUGUUGCAGAAAAUAAUAGAUGUAACAGAAACCCCAGAACAUGCUGCUGAGAAGCUUCUAAUGGUGUUGGUACAACAAAACUUGAUCAUGGUGGCAAAACGGAAGCUCAAUGGCAAACCGAAAACAUGUCGCAUGCACUAUCUCUUGAGGGAUAAUUGGUUGUCAAAAGCUAAGGAAGCAAACUCUCGUCCUGUCAAUAGCAAAACAGUUGCCUAUGAGCCUUCCCGUGGCAAAGGUAUGAUCCUCCGACUUGCUGAUCAUCUUAACAAGAAGGAUGACUCCUUCCCACACAUUCAUGGCAACAAUACCAUAAGUAGUUCUUCUUUCAAAAAAAAUUAUUUUGAUCUCUGUUCCUUUGUAUCAUUUGAUUUUCGGGAAGGGCCUCUACCUGGAGAAGAAUUAGGCAACUUUUUUCGUAAAUGCAUUGCGGUGGGAUGCUUUAAGAAGCUACGAGUAGUUGAUCUUGAAGGUGUAUUUCGGCCUAAAUUACCCGACUCCAUCGGGAAACUGACUCACCUAAGGUAUUUGGGCUUGAGAUGGACUUAUUUACAAACACUUCCUUCAUCAAUUGGGAAGUUAUUGAACCUUCAAACAUUGGAUUUAAAGCGCACAUAUAUCAGCAACCUUCCCGUUUCCCUAUGGAAGAUGCAACAACUACGUCACCUAUACUUGAGCGAAAUUUUUCGUUGCAGAUUCAUGCCUCCACCAAACAACAACACACUAAUUGACAUCCAAACAUUAUGGGGAGCUUAUGUCAAUGAGGAGACCGCUAUCAAAGAAGGAUUGGACCAGUUGAUCAAUCUUAGGAAGCUAGGCCUGGCAUUUCGGUUAACUCUUUUAGAGCAAAAGGCAUUGGCGAAGUGGAUUACAAAAUUGAACCACCUCGAAUCUUUAAGGUUGAGAUCGCUUGAUCAUGAGGCAGCUCAAGCUUCAGACAUAUACUUAGAGCCACUGUCAGACCUCAAGAAGCUUUCGAGCUUGUAUUUGUUUGGAAGGUUAGCGAAUCCAAUUAUCAUGUACAACUUUCCUGAAAGUCUCAUUGAGAUUACCUUGUCAGUGACGGGACUGAUGUAUGAUCCUAUGCCUAAUUUGGAGAAACUUCCAGAUUUAAGGAUCCUAAGGUUAUUUGCAGGCUCCUAUUGUGGGAGAAAAAUGGUUUGCUCUUCUGGAGGCUUCCCUUUUCUUCGCAUCUUGAAACUUUGGGAGCUGGAGGAAUUGGAGGAAUGGACAGUGGAGGAAGGAACUCUACCAAUUCUAAGAGAAGUAGAGAUUCGAUCCUGCAAUAAAUUGGAAAUGAUUCCAGAUGGAAUGAAACACCUGCUUCACUGUUGUGAAUUAAUGAUAACACGUAUGCCGGCAGAAUUUAAAACAAGAAUUAGUGAAAGUCAAGGGCAAGAUUGGCAUAAGAUUGCACAUGUACCUUCCAUCAUCAUGAAAGAUUGAUAUUGCAUAAAAGCUGGCCUUUUCCCUGUGUGAGUCUUUAGCCUUCCAGCUGUUGGCAAAACUUUUCAGCGGAAUGUGAUAUUUCUCUACAUCUCUACAAGGCUUUGGGGCCAGCAUGCACGGAAGAGAUAGAGAAGGAUAUUCAUUCUAGUAUCAACCAUUGGUUCUACUUCUUAAUAUCAUGUGUUUUUUCUCCAGUCAUUAGUUUACUGCUUGAUGUUUUAUGAACACGUCCUAAAUUGCUAUGUUAUCUACAAGAAAUGGCUUCACUCUUGAGUAUGUACUAGUGAAAAAGUGUGUUUCUGACAACUAUUUUUAAUAAA